GGUUUAAAUGCCAGGAUCACCCCCUGAUGAGGAUUAUUUAAGCAGUCUGUCUGAACCAGAGGGGUGUUGCCCUGUCCAGACACAAUAUUCUGCAAUAGCAUUUACAUUAUCUCCGUUAUAGACAGACUCCUGUCAUUCAACUUCAGGCAGCAUGGUGUACCACCCUGAGUUUGAGCGAGCAGGCAAGGAGCCUGGCCUCCAGGUGUGGAGAAUUGAGAAGUUUGAUUUGGUGGCAGUUCCUGAGAACCUCUAUGGAGGGUUUUACACCGGUGAUGCUUACGUGAUCCUCAAUACUAUCAAGCAACGCUCUGGCAACCUGCAGUAUGAUCUCCACUUCUGGCUAGGUGACUACUGCACGCAAGAUGAAAGUGGGGCGGCGGCCAUUUUCACGGUGCAGAUGGAUGACUAUCUGGGUGGAAAGCCCAUCCAGUACCGUGAAGUUCAAGGCUAUGAGUCCAAAGCUUUUCUGGGAUAUUUUAAGAAGGGGCUGCAGUACAUGAAAGGUGGAGUUGCAUCUGGAUUCAAGCAUGUGGUGACCAAUGAAGUUAUAGUGCAACGCGUGCUCCAAGUCAAAGGUCGGCGUGUUGUCAGAGCAACAGAAGUGCCAGUCAGCUGGGAGAGCUUUAACCAGGGAGACUGCUUCAUCCUGGACUUGGGCAACGAGAUCUAUCAGUGGUGUGGUUCCAAGAGUAACCGCUUUGAGAAGCUAAAAGCUACACAACUUGCAAAAGGCAUUCGUGACAAUGAACGCAGUGGACGUGCUCGCGUGUAUGUGUGUGAUGAAGGGGUGGAACGUGAGAAGAUGUUGGAGGUUCUUGGAGAAAAACCAGACCUGCCUGAAGGAGCGUCUGAUGAUAUCAAGGCUGAUGCCUCUAACAGGAAGAUGGCCAAACUCUACAAGGUGUCUGAUGGCAGUGGAGACAUGACAAUUGCUCUGGUGGCUGCUGAGAACCCUUUCACCCAGAGUGCACUGGAAUCAAGCGACUGUUUCAUCCUGGAUCACGGCUCAGAUGGCAAGAUCUUUGUUUGGAAAGGCAAAGAUGCUAAUGUGGAAGAGAGAAAGGCUGCCUUGAAGGCAGCAGAUGAGUUCAUUAAGAAAAUGGGUUACCCAAAACACACACAGAUUCAGAUCCUUCCAGAGAUGGGCGAGACGCCUCUAUUUAAACAGUUCUUCAAAAACUGGCGUGAUGUGGAUCAGACAGAGGGUCUGGGUGUGGCUUAUGUAUCAAACAGCAUUGCUAAGAUCGAGAAGGUGCCAUUUGAUGCUUCAACUCUGCAUGAUUCACCAGCCAUGGCUGCCCAACAUGGAAUGAUCGAUGAUGGCAAUGGAGAGAAACAGAUCUGGCGCAUUGAAGGAUCAGACAAGGUUCCAGUUGACCCCUCUACUUACGGUCAGUUCUAUGGAGGAGACAGUUACAUUAUACUGUACAAUUACCGUCAUGGAGGCAGACAGGGCCACAUCAUCUACAUCUGGCAGGGUAAGGACUCCUCACAAGAUGAGAUUGGGGCAUCUGCCAUCUUGGGAGCCCAACUGGAUGAUGAGCUUGGAGGUGGACCUGUGCAGAUGGCUGGUGCUCGGUUCACCACUCAGGUGCGGGUGGUUCAGGGUAAGGAACCUGCUCAUCUCAUGAGUCUGUUCGGAGGGAAGCCCAUGGUGGUGCACAAGGGCGGCACCUCCAGGGAUGGCGGUCAGACUGCGCCAGCCGAGACUCGGUUGUUCCAAGUGCGCUCAAACUCCGCAGGAUGCACACGGGCCGUGGAGGUUGAUGCUGUGUCCUCCAAUCUGAAUUCUAAUGAUGCCUUCGUCCUGGUGACCCCAGCUGCAUCGUUCAUAUGGGUGGGACGGGGAGCCAGUGAUACGGAGAAACGUGGGGCUAAGCAGCUUUGUGAUAUCCUUGGAGUGUCGCCCUCUGAGCUGGGUGAAGGAGGAGAGGAUGGUAGUUUCUGGGAUGCCCUGGGAGGAAAGGCUGAUUACCGCACGUCCGCCAGGCUAAAGGACAAGAUGAAUGCCCACCCACCACGACUAUUCGCCUGCUCAAACAAAACUGGGCGUUUCAUUAUUGAAGAAGUUCCUGGAGAGAUGACUCAAGAAGACCUGGCUACAGAUGAUGUCAUGAUCCUGGACACCUGGGAUCAGGUGUUUGUUUGGAUUGGUAAUGAAGCUCAUGAUGAGGAGAAGACUGAGGCAAUGACUUCAGCUGCCCGAUACAUCGAGACAGAUCCAGCCAACCGUGACCCGCGCACACCCAUCGUGAAGAUUAAACAGGGCUUUGAACCACCCACGUUCACAGGCUGGUUCUUGGGUUGGGACCAUGACUAUUGGACCACUGACCCUCUGGAUCGGGCCAUGGCGGAGCUGGAGAUCUGAACUUUGAGCUGUCACCCCUGACCUUUAAACCCCACUGCCUUACCGCAAAGUUGCCCUUAGAUAUAUGUAUGAUGCCAAUUUGAUGCUUAUGAGGGUUUAAUCAUGGAUUCAAAAAUUAAAGCUGGUCCUGGGUCAGUAUCAAAAGGCAAUUUUUAAAAAUAGCACUUUACUGCCCUGAGCUUCAGUCACCAAACAUAAGGCAAAGCAAAAGCAGAGCUCCAUUAAUUCUUCACCUUGUUACUUCUGUAUUUAAGUAUUUUCUUUCUGUGCUCAACAAUUUUUUUAAGCGUUUAACGCUUUUAGAUUGAUGUGUUUGGUCUGCACACCUUAUGUUGCUGAAGUGCAUGAGCUUGUAUCAGAAAAUAUACAGGGAUAUCAUCGUCAGACAUCUUUUUGCCUUCCUUUUCUACAAACCUUUUUUAUGUGAGUUUUACUAGCAAUACUACUUUAGUGUUUUUAAAGAGAGUAGCCUAGAGACGUUUCCACCUUGUUGCUAUUCCAUCUGACACACAGAAGUUCAGUGAUUGGCUGUGUUCAGAAUAGCAUACUAGCAUACUACUCAUACUAUUCUGUAAGUAUAAUAGUGUGUGCACAGUAUGCACAUAUUUAUAUGCAUGAAAUACCCAGAUAACCUACAUGCUAUGUUUCACAAAUGUUCCACAAUUGUUAACUAAAACUAAAUUGCUGUAAAUUUAAAUAAAAUUAAAAUAAAAUAAAUAAAAAUUAGACGUUGCUUUUUUGCAACUGAAAAAAGUUAAAGUUGGAGCACUUGGAAUUACUACCUGGAAAUAACUACAACUAAAAGUCAAAUAAAAAUAAAUUAAAAAUAAAUAAAAGAUAUAACAAAGAAUGAAAAUGACAAAAGCACAUAAAAUUACUAAAAAUUAAACAAAAUAAGUUUGUUUACAUGUCUGUGAACUGUAUAUUAUUAUGUGUAUGUAUAAAUACACACACAUACAUGUACAUAUUUUUACAAUAUAUAUAUGUAUAGAUAUUUAUACUUGCACAUAAUUUAUAUUAUAUAGAAAUAUAAAUAUUUUAUAUAUAAAUCUUAACAUAUUUCUCCUUAAUAUAAACAUGUGUGUGUAUUUAUACAUGCAUAAUAAAAAUACAUAGUACACGCACAUAUAGAAUGUAAACAUAAACUUUUAUUUUGAAUGUGAUGAAUCGCAAUGAAUCGUUUUGCAGCCCUAAAAGAUAAUUUAAGGUAUUAAUAAAAGCUAUAUCACACUUGAGCAUUUCAGAGGUUACUUAUAUUUACUUAUAUUAAUUCUGAUUUUUAAUGGCGGAUUGCUACGUUAACACAAUAAUAAGACUGCUAAGUUAACACAAAACUGGCUUAAAAAUACAAAACAACUUGCAAAUACUUUUAGAUUUACAGCUUUAAAUCUGUAUUGUGAGAACAAGUAACAUGCUGUUUAAAAUGAAGUAUUUAAUUUGCUACUUUUAGUUAGUUUACAGUACAUCCUAAGCAGUAUUAAGUAGUAAGCUAAUAUUCAUUCCAAACACAGCCAUGGUCCCGUGUGAGCAAUGAUGUCCUUCUACAGGCAGAGGACGCUGCAAAACUUUUUCAAAUAAACUUUAGAGCAUAAACUGCAUAAAAAAAGCCAUUCCCAUGGUCUCGUUCUUAAAAUAGCAAUUUCUAGGAGUGCUUUUUAAUUUAAGACUGUUAAAUCUAUAACCAGAAUGCUGGAGUUUUCAAUGAGCAUGUCUUGUUAGAGGCCUAGAGAGCCAGAGGCCUUAUUAGUGUUUCUACAUAUGCAAUGCUAAGACUGAAUGGAUACGAAAGGGUUUUUUUUUUUGAUAAUUGUUAACAUAUGGGUCAGUUAACAGCCUUAAAAUCAGCUAAAAUAGAAUACCGCAGGCUCUUAGUGCAAAGGUUGGUUGCCUUUGAUAUUUGCUGACGACUCGUAUUGCUACUCAUUCAUAAGGGUUAAUCCAGAUACUCCCGCUUUCGCAAAUC